AUGGCAGCGCGAUUGAUAAAGAAAAUUUUGGAUGGCGAAUUCGGAAGUUUGCUGGCGAAACUGUCCACCCAACUGAAGGACAAUUGGGUCAAGAUUUACAUAACCUCGUCCUCCCGGGCAGACGUUGCGAGAAGCGACCCGAUCGUUAAAACGGUCACCCCGUUCGGGGCGCGUUCGUUUGCGUCCGGCUCCCGCAAAGUGACGCUCAUCCCGGGCGACGGCAUUGGGCCGGAAAUUUCCGCUGCCGUGCAGAAGAUUUUCGCCGUCGCCAGCGUACCGAUCGAGUGGGAAACCGUGGACGUCACCCCGGUGCGGAAUCCGGAUGGAAAGUUUGGUAUCCCGCAGGGGGCCAUCGAUUCGGUGAACCGCAACAAGGUCGGCCUUAAAGGCCCGCUGAUGACGCCGGUCGGUAAGGGCCAUCGGUCGCUAAACUUGGCCCUGCGCAAGGAGUUCAACCUGUACGCGAACGUGCGCCCGUGCCGCAGUCUGGAGGGCUACAAAACGCUGUACGACAACGUGGACGUCGUGACCAUCCGAGAGAACACCGAGGGCGAGUAUUCCGGUAUCGAGCACGAAAUUGUCGACGGAGUGGUGCAGAGUAUCAAGCUGAUCACCGAGGAGGCAUCGAACCGCGUGGCGGAGUAUGCCUUCAAAUAUGCCAAAGACAACAACCGUAAGAAGGUGACCGUUGUACACAAGGCCAACAUUAUGCGCAUGUCGGACGGUCUGUUCCUGCGCUGCUGCCGUGACAUGGCCCAGAAGUACCCGGAGAUCAAGUUCGAGGAACGGUAUCUGGACACGGUCUGCCUGAACAUGGUGCAGGAUCCCCGAAAGUACGACGUGUUGGUAAUGCCCAACUUGUACGGUGAUAUUCUGUCCGACAUGUGUGCCGGACUUGUCGGUGGUCUCGGUCUAACGCCAUCCGGUAAUAUGGGCCUCAAUGGAGCGCUCUUCGAGUCGGUGCACGGUACGGCGCCGGAUAUCGCCGGCAAGGAUCUGGCCAACCCGACGGCCCUGCUACUGUCGGCCGUUAUGAUGCUGCGGCACAUGGAACUCAACCAGCAGGCGGAUAAGAUCCAGAGCGCCUGCUUCGAAACGAUCAAGGAGGCAAAGUACCUUACCGGCGAUCUGGGUGGCAAAGCCAAGUGCUCAGAGUACACGAACGCCAUUUGUGACCGGAUCAAGUAAAGGGUGGCACUGCCAUAAACACCUUCCGCCUGGCCAUCGUCGACGGUAAGACGCAAAUGAGUGGCUGUUCUAGUGAAUUGUGACGCAAAACGGAAGACAACCGGGAAGCAACUAGAAGAAAACUAUUUAUUUGUAAUUUUAAAUUCGCAACUUCAGUGGAGUGCCGCCGUAGUCCAUACCAUCUCCCUUCCGUUUUUUUUGCAUCGAUCGGUCAUUUUUGUUUCUCUAACAUCGAAAGCAAUAGCAAAAAAAUGACGCGGAAAACAAAACUGGCUUUUGUUGAGCGGGAGACGGAACCCAGUAUUACAGUGAGCCGAACGUUCACCAACACCAAGUACAGUAUAUCGAAGGCAAACUAUCCAUCCACCACCGAUCAAAAGAUGCUGGUGUCUACCGGUGUAUCCGCUUUUCUGCGCCUAGCUGACAAUAACAACCCCCAACUGGCCAUCGAAUGACCCGAUCGUACCGUUUCCGCGCCACAGCGGAGCGAAAGGAUCUCGUACCACACAGAGCCCCACAAGGAAAAUGAAUGCAUACUUAAGAUUUGAAUCGCGGUAGGCCUCGCCCGAAUAAUGGUGAUUCUCGUAGCCGGAAGCGGCUCCUAGUGCUGCUACACACCACACAUAUGCCGAAAGUAGCUGCUGCUGCGUUGGAGACGCUGAUAAAUGUGGGAAAAACUAAAACUAUUCUCGCCAGCGCCACUUAUGUUGUGUACACGAUAAACGCUACCCCAAAACUGGAAUAAAAUUGUUUCAAAUUUAGCCAAUACGAA